AUGAAGAUCCUCGAAGCACAAAACGCCCUCCUCAGCAACUACGAGGUGUACCAGUUCCUCGCCGAGCGCCAAGAGCGUCUGGGCAAGCAGAAGCAGAACCGGCGCCGCGGGCCCGGCAAUCUCGAGACAUUGAUUCAUGAGUACUUCCGAUCGCCGCCGGGUCCGCUGAGCCAGCAGCCAGUGACAUACAGCCCCGAGGCCGUGACGACGGUCGUGGAGCGACUGCACAGGUACGAUCUGGCCAAGGGCGAGCUGUUGAUGGUCCUCAACAUGCGGCCGCAGACGCCGGCACAGCUUCAUGCGUGCAUCGAGGAGGUCGAGGGCCGGUUGACGGAAGAACAGCAGUCGGAGAUUCUCGACAUCGUGGCUGAGGUGCUGGGGCAUGAGACGGUGGGGGGCCGACGGAAAGGGCCACAUACCCUUUGCCUACAUAACCGUGCACGCCCCCUCGCUUUGGCCUCCUUCUGGCGACGCGGUCUUGACAGCCCGUCGGCAAAUGUCGUCGACGACCUGUGGCAUCAGCUCGCCCGAAACGGCCGAACACUCGAGAUACAUGUCGGCGCGCAGCUGCUGGCUCAGAUUGUACGCCUCGUGCGGGUACAGGGUACCACUGGGGUCGUCCUCGCGGCGCAGAUCGCGCUUGAGGCCGAGCACGAGGAUGGGCAGACGGUCGCGGUGGGGGAAGACGGUGCGGACCUCGCCGAUCCAGUGCGUCUGCAGGCUGGUCAGGCUGGGCCGGUGGCUGAUGUCGAAGCAGAGGACGACGAGGUCGGGCUGCAGACAGCGCCAGUUCUCGGGGCUUUCGGUGUCGGAGAACUCGAGGCGGAAGGCGGCGAUGCGCGAGCGGAGCUCGAGGACAAACGGCUGGUCGGAAUCGCGCAGGAGCGGCGGUGCGGCUGUCUGGGCGGACGUAGCCAGGCCAGCUUUGUUCCGAAGCAACGCGAGACGCCUGUCGGCACUGUUAGCGCAGCACAACAACGCACCCGCACUCGCACCCACACCCCCGACUGGCUAGACACUCACGAUAAAAAGGUCGAUUUGCCGACGUUGUCGUCGCCGAGCAGCAAAAUCGAGACCGGCUGA